CUUCUAAACCACGUAGAUCAUUUAUAACUGCUCCCAAAGAGCUAAGCCUAUGCCAAACAGCCCCGAACCUGCCCUGUCACAAACGCCUGAUCCCUGGGAUUAGAUGCCGAGCUAAUUUCGCGCUUUCUGUGGGGUCUUCAAUUUGCAGAGCUCGGAUCCGGAGAGAUAGGAUUUUAGCAGACAUAACAUUGAAUGUUUGGUUGUGGCGUUUACUCCAGUCUUGUUGGGGUCAUCAGGGAUUAGUGAUUAUUUUCGUCCUUUUUUUCCACGCGGGGAAACAUGUCAGUCGCUGAACAAUCCUGCCGGAAUCCUAAUGGACUUUGUCAGGCUAAUAAACCAAAAAGUGUCGGGGGACGUAACCAGAAAGACAACGAAAAGUCUCACCAGAACCAGACAGACGAGUCCAACGCGGAGGACGGAUCGUUGAAGAAGAAGCAGCGCCGACAGCGGACGCACUUCACCAGUCAACAGCUGCAGGAGCUGGAGGCGACUUUUCAGCGGAACCGCUACCCAGACAUGAGUACGCGAGAGGAAAUAGCCGUGUGGACGAACCUCACGGAGGCGCGCGUAAGGGUGUGGUUUAAGAACCGCCGGGCCAAGUGGAGGAAGAGGGAACGGAACCAGCAGGCGGAGCUCUGCAAGAACGGCUUCGGCGCCCAGUUCAACGGACUCAUGCAGCCGUACGACGACAUGUACUCCGGCUACUCCUACAACAACUGGGCCACAAAGAGCCUGGCCAGCAGCCCGCUGUCGGCCAAGAGCUUCCCCUUCUUCAACUCCAUGAACGUCAGCCCCCUGUCCUCGCAGCCAAUGUUCUCCCCGCCCAGCUCCAUCUCCUCCAUGAACAUGGCCUCCUCCAUGGUGCCGUCGGCGGUGACCGGGGUGCCCGCCUCCGGCCUCAACAACCUGAACAGCCCCACCCUGAACUCGGCCGUGUCCGCCAGCGCCUGCCCCUACGCCACCUCGGCCAGCCCCUACAUGUACAGAGACACGUGCAACUCCAGCCUGGCCAGCCUCCGGCUCAAGGCCAAGCAGCACGCCAACUUCGCCUACCCGGCCGUGCAGAACCCGGUCACAAACCUAAGCCCCUGCCAGUACGCGGUGGACCGGCCUGUAUGAAGACACUCCAAAACCCUUCCUACCCCUAUCCCCAGUCACCCCAAGCCUCAGAACUCCCCGCCCCGUAAACACCUCCCCUCUCCUCCCUUGUGCGCUAUCGCUGACUUCGAAGAACCGCGCAACAAGAGCAGACUGGUUAACAACAUGUUUUGUUUGUUUUCGUUUUCUUUUUUUAAAGAUGAUGUACGCAACAGGAAUAAGCUUCUCAAUAAACACCGCUUCGCGACGGACCACACUUCAGAGGAACUCAUUCAAAAAACAUUUUGGAGACUUUUGUUGAGACCUGACCAACUGUUACGCAGAAUUUAAAAAAAACAAACAUGUCCUCUGUCAUUUUGGACUGCAUGAGUAGAGUGAAUAGGGAAAAAAAAACAAUGCUUUUACAAUACUGGCGGCCAAUGCUGGUGCACGCAGUCAUCAGUGCCGAUUACAACCGAUGUAAAAGGGACCCGCGGUUGUAACUGCAGCUAGAGGAUGUACAUAACUGACUUUUUCCUUGUUUUGUAUGUGACAACAAUAUCUAUAAAAUGUAGUACUCUGAAGAUGAAAAAGCAUGUUCUUGAAGAGCAGGAUCUAGACUGACGUACUGUGAGUACAUCCUUUAGGAAUUUCCAUAUCUGUUACGAAUUCCAUUUGCUUCAGCAGGUCAAAGGGCUGUCGAUGGAUGAGGCAAUGUCGGCAGCAAGUAGUCAUCGAGGGAAAAAAAAAAUACGAAAAAUAAAAACCACAAAAGAAACAAAACAAUAAAAACAACAAUUUCUACAUCCACCAGAGAAUGAUAAUCAGAGUUAAAAAAGAGGCAUUUUUAAAAAAGCCAUUGAAUAUAUAGAUUUGUGUGGUGUUACAAAAAAGGGAGUCCAUGACUGUAAAAAAAAAUGUAUGUAAGAGUGCAGUUGUUAUAAAACAAGAUUUUUUUCUGG